AUGCCCUACACAUCUCCCCACCCUGCCUUGGAUAUUCCCAAAUGCAACAUUCUCUCAUACGUUUUCCCUCCUGAGAAGACUCCCUCCAACAAACCGCUAUGGAUGGACGCAGAGAAUCCCUCCAACAGCCUCUCGCCAGCCCAGAUGCUGUCUUGGGUCAAGAGGUUCGCGGUUGGCCUCGAUCGACUAGGCGUCAAACAGCAACAAGCCGUCAUGGUCUUCACACCGAACCAUCUCUACGUUCCCAUGGCGUAUCUCGCUGCCGCCGGAUCUAAGCGCUUCUUUACCGGUGCCAAUCCCAUCUACACCGUCAAUGAGGUCGCCCACCAGAUGAAAGCAAUUGAAGCUGCGCUUGUGCUCAUCCAUCCUUCCCUGCUCGAAACCGGUGUGGCUGCCGCCAAACAAGCCAAUAUCCCAUUAGAUAGGCUCUUCAUAUUCUCCGACUCCGAGAGUCCAACCACAAACGGCAUCAAGGAUUGGCGUUCAAUAGUCGCCUCAGAGUCAGAGGCUGAGUCGUGGAAAUGGGAUCCUCUCGAGGGGGACGCUGCCCUGGAAACCAUUGCCGCCAUCAAUUUCUCUAGCGGAACGACUGGCCUUCCCAAGGGAGUGUGCAUUACGCAUCGUAAUCUCGUUGCCAACUCUGCGCAAACAAUUUUCAACAAAUACCAUGGCACUCAGUACUCCGAGCAAGAUCCCGGACCUGAGCGUUGGCUUGCCUUCCUUCCUCUGUAUCACGCCUAUUCCCAGUUAUGGACCAUCAACAUUGCCUGCCGACUUCAAGUCCCUGUCUAUGUCAUGCCCAAGUUUGUGUACGAAGACUUUUUGAAGCACAUUCAAAACUAUAAGAUAACAACACUACAAUUAGUACCGCCGGUUCUUGUCAUGUUAAGCAAACGACCAGAGACAGCCAAAUACGAUAUCGGCAGCCUUGAACAGAUCCUUUGUGGCGCAGCACCGCUGAAGAGCGAUUUGCAAAAUGAAAUCAUGACGCGUUUCAACGUGGUUGUGGUCCAAGGCUGGGGUAUGACUGAGACUACGUGCGCCGGCAUUAUGAUGCCGGGAAUGUCCAAGGAUCUGACUGGCUCGAUUGGUCAUUUACUGCCCAACACUGAGGCGAAGCUCAUCGAUGAUGAAGGCAACGAGGUGACGGCAGAAGGCGAACCGGGUGAGCUCUGGCUGAGAGGGCCACAGAUGCUGCUAGGUUAUUGGAGAAACGAACAUGCCACCAAAGAGAGUAAGACGGAAGACGGCUGGUUUAAGACCGGCGACGUCGGCGUCUGCAAGGGCGAGAAGUGGUGGAUUGUCGACAGAAAGAAAGAACUCAUCAAGGUCAACGGAUUGCAAGUGGCACCUGCUGAAUUAGAGGCAGUUUUGCUUGAGCAUGAUGAUGUUGCAGAUGCAGCUGCCGUGGGGAUCGUUGUCCACGGCGAAGAGCUACCACGAGCCUAUGUGGUUUUGCAAGAGCGUGCCAAGGACAAGACCACAGAGGAAGAUAUCAAGGCUUUCGUGGCAAGCAAGGUGGCUAAGCACAAACGGUUGGCUGGGGGCGUCAAGUUCAUCGAUGAAGUGCCCAAGCUAGCUAGUGGCAAGAUUGUGCGCAAAUUGAUGAAGGAGUGGGCGAAGCGAGACGCAAAGGAGGUGGAAGGUACAGUGAAAGCAAGACUAUAG